AUGUCUUCGUUCAAGAGAAGGACGACACCCUCCAAACAACUCUCGCUGCCCGCUGGAACCAGAACAUCGCCUGGAACUACUUCUACUAUCAUAACCUCAACCGGAAUUCCCUCACUGGACGAUGUAUUCGGUGGCGGUCUUCCCUUGUCAUGUUCUAUGCUUGUGCUAGCUCCCGAUGCUCAUUCUGCGUACGGGGAACUUGUGCAGAAAUAUUUCAUAUCACAAGGCAUUGCCAACGAGCAGACAAUCCUAGUGAUUGACGAUGACGCCAACCAUAUUUUGGCAGAGUGCAUGUGGAUUCCUGCAGGCGGUGGUCCCACUACGCGGAGUACAGACGAAAAGGACGAGGACGAGGAACACGAUCACAGUACAAAAAUCAAAAUUGCAUGGAGAUACGAACAGAUGAAACAGUUCCAGACAACGGUGUCUACUCCUGCCGCUCCCUCUUUGAACCAAAUCACCGACAGCUAUUGCGCCAUCUUUGACCUGACCACUCGAAUACCCGAUGGCCUAAUCCAAUCCGCAUUUUCCUCAGGAAAAAUUGUGUCUAUUGGCGUGUCUUCUCCUGACUUUGCACCGCUGAAGAGGAUCAUCGAUGAAUUAGCACGAAAGUUGGGGACGGACUCAGCUGCGGCAACGGAGCUUAGACCCCUGCGAGUGUGCAUUCCAUCCUUGGGAUCUUCCCAAUGGGGCGACGUGUCGCCUCAAGAGAUAUGCUGGUUCUUGCACUCGCUUAGAACACUGUUAUCCCGGUAUCCACAUGCAUGCGCGGCCGUCUGUCUCCCUCCGCAUCUCUGUACAGAUGGAUGGGGUGGUCCCGGGUGGGUGCAGAAGCUGAGCUGGCUCUCGGAUGCCUCCAUUGAACUGUCGGCUUUUACGGCAAAUCCGUCUCUCACUGCUUUAUUCUCGUCGCACCAUGGGCUUGUUCACAUCCAUUCCCUGCCCUCUCCUCACACUCUCCUUCCACCGAGCGACAAGUUCUCGACAUUGAGAGGGCUAUCGUCGUCCGGAGAAAACAACCUCGCGUUCAAGUGCAUGCGGAAGCGAUUUCUGAUUGAAACUCUGCAUCUGGAUCUUGAAGGCGGCGUCGGGGAGAGACGAACAACUCCCGCUACGAAUGCUAUGGCUCUGGAGACCGCUUCCCUCCCCUCUCAUUCCCAUCGGUCUCAUAUCUCCGCGAAUGUAAAUGCGGCAGGAGGUGGUGCAGCCGUGGAAGUGCAACUGGAAGACGUGCAGCACUCUACCGCUGUUAGCUUAGUGGGAAGUACGGAGAUAGAGCAUGUAGUGGCGAGCGUAAAGAAAGCGAAGAAGAAAGUGGCGUUCACGUCGGAUCGACCUGACUUGUAUGACUUCUGA